GAUACGGAUUUAAUAAAGAAAAUAUAAGGUUUUACAGAAGGUUAAAAAUUUACUCAAAUCAAUUAUUGAAUUGAAGUCUUGUGUUAACCUGAUGUAGACGUUAAAUCAAUAUCCGUCAAUAACUUUGCUGUAUAACUUUACCUAUGGAUAUAUUCGUUUUGAACAUUCGUAUAUGUAACAGAAAUAAUCAAAUUUUGUUUGUGUGAAAAUGGAUUUAGGUCUUUAUCUUGGAAUUGGCUUGACAUGGAAUCCUUGGAGAGUACCUGAUGAGAAUUUCAAAUGGAAAAAGGAAACAGCAGAGAAACUUCAGAAAGAUAUAGAUGAUAUAAAACCAACAAAAGAGACCGGUUUGGAUAAGUUUAGAGUGCUUACAGUUGGCCUUUAUGGGCAUGGAAAGUCAUCACUGAUUAACUCUUUCGCUUCUAUAAGUGUUGGCGAGAAAACUAGUAUUUGCAAUGCUGCUUCGAUGGGCACAAAUGUUACCACCCAUUACAGAAAUUUUGAUUUUCCUGGCCAAUUGGAACAAAUUGUUCUGAGUGACAUUUCUGGACUCCCAGUGAAAAAGGAUGUCCAUCCAUAUGUAGAAAAUAUCAAACUGAUUCUACAAGGACAUAUCAAACAUGGAUAUAUGUUUAAUCCAGAGAAAAGUAUAUCUUCUGAAGAAAAGGAUUACGAAUCAUCACCUAAAUUUUCGGAUAGGAUUCAUUGUGUUCUGAUUGUCAUCGACAGUACAAUGGCAUACGAACUUCCCGCAGCCUUUGUAUAUGGCGUUAAAAGGAUCAUGGAAACCAUGCAUUCAAUGAAUAUCCCUGUGAUUGCCGUUCUUACGAAAACUGACAAGCUAUCACCACAUGUCAAGUAUAGUGUAGAGUCAAUUUUCCGAUGCAGGAAAAUCCAACAGGCUGUUCAAAAUGUAUCUAAGCAACUAGAAAUUCCAGCCCCAAAGAUAUAUCCCGUUGUCACUUUUGAAGAAAUGGAUCACUUUACUUGGAGAGAGUCAAUUCCAUUAUUGAUUGUCCUGAAAUCCCUUCUUCUUGUGGCAAAAAUGCAUUCACGCAAUGCUAUUGAGGUGGCUCAAAAAAAAGAUAAUUAAACAACCAAAGUGGUUUAAGUUUAUUUUACAGCCUCUUUACAAACGACAUACAUAUGUUUCAUUCUUUUUGUUUCUUUCUUUAUUUCUUUUUAAAUGAAAGUGUAAUCUUCGGAGUUUCGUGAAAAUGUGAUGUCAACAUUUAAUGUCAAAAACUAACACAUUUUAUCAAAUGAUAAUGCUCGUAUGGGAUUUCACGAAGUAAUGAUUACUUUAUUAUUAUAUGUAUUUAUGAAAUUGGUCAUAAGGACGAAGAAGUAAAAGGAACGAAAAGUGUAUGAAAAUGAAAAAUUUAACUUAAAAAGUGUAAAGCACAAUUAUAAACUUGAGUAGGUACAUAUAAACUCCUUUAUUUAAAUCAUUUUUAUUGUAACAUAAAUGUGAUGAAUUAAUGUAAAGAACUUUUUUUUUUUCAAAAAUCGUUAUGUAUGACAUGAUAACCUGAUAUUUUUCUGAUAUGUUUUGUUUUCUUUUCAAAACAUGAUAAAUUAGGAAAUCUUGUAUUGCUAAAGAGGUCAAUUCUUUGGUCUGAUUACCACAACUCGAAUUAACCUUACUAUAAUAGCAUUUCCUUA